AGACACCCCCGUCAACCCAAUUGCCUCUCCUUUCUUUCACGUUACGCUCAUUUUCACCUAACUCAACUUAAAACGAUGGAAUCCAUCUUAUAGCAUGGCGGACAGGUUAUCUACGCCGGAGCCGUGCUACGGUAUCCUUCCAACGGGCCGGGAAGUCAAUACAACAGUUUUUUGUCGGGAUCGCAAUUGCUCCUCGGCAAAUCACAGAAUCCCGCGGCCUGAUUAUAAGACCCAGUUAUCGUCUUCCAGCGACAUCACCCAGUCACCUUACAAUUCUCCAUCUGAAGCAGAAUUUCAAAAGCUCAAGGUUGACCCUGAAGAUCCCCAAUCAUACGGCACCAACCGGCGGCUAUCAAAAAGCUCUCUCCCUGCUGGCUCGGCGAGAUGGAAUCCUCGUCAUCUAAUCACCCAAGCUCGUGCCGGAAAGCUCAAGAGGAAACAAUGCAUCCUCUUCAUCUUGGCUCCUAUCACGAUCAUUUUGGUAAUCAUUAUCGCAGUCGUUACAUUUGUCACAGUCAGAGCCAAGAAACACCCAAACUUAACGGUAGACCUGGGCUACACUCAAUACAAAGGCUUCAGAACGCCAGACGGCAUUGACAAGUGGUUUGGCAUGAGGUACGCAGCACCGCCACUGGGUGAUCUCAGAUUCAGGGCUCCCCAAGACCCAUUGGCUGCUUCAAAACAAGAUGCAUUUCAACAAGGAAAGCUGUGCCAUGGCACUCCCUCUACCUACCUCAACCCCACAAAAUCGGAGGAUUGUCUUUUCAUUAAUGUUUACUCUCCUACUAAUAGAACCGCUCUCCACCCGGUCUAUUUCUUCAUCCAAGGAGGUGGAUUCAAUGAUCUGGCUAAUCCUUAUCUGACCGGAGACGAAUUGAUUAAGGCCGCCGGCAAUGAUAUUGUGGUUGUUACCUCUAAUUAUCGAGUGGGACCGUGGGGUUUUCUAGCCAGUAAGGAAAUCAAAGAGGAUGGGGAUUUGAAUGUUGGACUGCUUGACCAGAGGAAGGCGUUGGCCUGGGUUCAGAAGUAUAUCCACUUGUUUGGAGGUGAUCCCAACCACGUUACAAUUGAUGGAGCUUCUGCUGGCGCAGCGUCGGUUGAUCUUCACCUUACCGCAUACGGAGGCCGCGACGACAAGCUUUUCCAUGCUGCUGUCGGACAGAGUAAUUCCUUUGGAGCCCAGCUGACAGUCAACGAGUCACAAUACCAAUACGAUGGCCUUGUUAACCGCACAGAGUGUCGCAAGUCGACAGACACCUUAAAGUGUCUCCGUGGGCUUGCUGUGGAAGUUAUCGCUAGCAAUAACAUGAUCAUGCGCACUCCCGGCGCCAAGGGGACUCCUCUCUUUAUGUACUCGAAUGUUAUCGAGGGGCCUGGGGGAUUCACAGAGGAUUACACGUAUAAUAUGUACGCCGAUGGCAAAUUCAUCAAAGUACCAGUCAUAUUCGGUUCUGUUGCUAAUGAAGGCACUCUCUUCACACCAUCGAAGACAGAUAAUGUGACAGACAUGACCAACUUCCUAAAAAACAACUUCGGCAAGCUUACAACCGACCAACUAGACCAUAUCGUCAGCCUCUACCCACAUGAUGAAACCAAGUACCCAGGCAGAGGAGCUUGGUGGAGGACAGCCGCUGACGCAUACGGUGAGCUUCGGUACAACUGUCCUGGCCAAUUCAUGAGCCGCAUGUUUGAAAACCACACCGAUGGAACAUCCAACUGGCACUACAGCUGGGAUGUCAGCCCACCCAUCAACACAAAGUCUGGAAUGGGGGCCAUGCACGCUGCGACCAUGUAUUCCAUUUGGGACAUCGCGACCGGAAUUGGCGCCGAAUUAAACCCCACGAUCCAGGCAUACUGGACGUCGUUCAUCCGGACCAAGAACCCGAACCACUACCGGCUUCCGGGGACCGUGGAAUGGGGCACGUUUGGGACUGGGAUGGAGCGGCUCGAUUUCCCAAAUGAUCCGCAGAAUGUCUCCAUGGAGGCGGUGGGGGCGAGCGAGAAGGCGAGGUGCCAAUAUUAUAGUACUAUCGGGAACCUUAUUGGGAACUGAAAGGUUAUGAGAAGGGAGAGAGCAUUUAACUAGACACAUCAGGCAUUAGAAAUGGUUUAUAAUGGUUUAGAAUAGAAGCGAAAUGGGAAUUUAUCUGCGAGGCG